GUCCCACCAAAAAUCAAGCCAUACCAACUAUCAAAACUAGAAAACCAACAAAACAAACAUACAAUAUGGCUUCGUCAGCGAAACUCCUCUCUUUACUUCUCUUGUACGUCUUCAUUUCAUUAGCCUCCAGUGAUGAGUCCAUCAUCAACGACAACCAUCUCAUUCUUCCAUCUGACCGCUCGUGGAGAACCGAUGAAGAAGUGAUGUCCAUCUACUUAAAAUGGUCCUUGGAGCACGGGAAAAGUAACAGCAACAGCAACGGUAUUAUCAACCAACAAGAUGAAAGAUUCAAUAUUUUCAAAGACAACCUAAGAUUCAUCGAUCUACACAACGAGAACAACAAGAACGCUACUUACAAGCUUGGUCUAACCAUAUUCGCUGAUCUCACUAACGAUGAGUACCGGAGUUUAUACCUCGGGGCAAGAACCGAGCCUGUCCGCCGCAUCACUAAGGCCAAGAACGUUAACAUGAAAUACUCAGCCGCAGUAAACGACGUGGAGGUUCCGGAGACGGUUGACUGGAGACAGAAAGGAGCCGUUAAUGCCAUUAAAAACCAAGGAUCUUGCGGAAGUUGUUGGGCGUUUUCAACAGCUGCAGCAGUAGAAGGCAUAAACAAGAUCGUAACAGGAGAGCUCAUAUCUCUGUCCGAACAAGAACUUGUCGACUGCGACAAAUCAUACAACCAAGGCUGUAACGGCGGUCUAAUGGAUUAUGCUUUUCAAUUCAUCAUGAAAAACGGCGGAUUAAACACCGAGCAAGACUAUCCUUACCACGGAACCAAUGGCAAAUGCAACUCUUUACUUAAAAAUUCGAGAGUUGUGACUAUCGAUGGAUACGAAGAUGUUCCUAGUAAAGAUGAAACCGCGUUGAAGAGAGCAGUUUCGUACCAGCCUGUGAGUGUUGCUAUUGAUGCUGGUGGAAGAGCUUUCCAACAUUACCAAUCUGGAAUCUUCACUGGAAAGUGUGGUACGACUAUGGAUCACGCUGUUGUGGCGGUUGGUUAUGGAUCAGAGAACGGUGUUGACUAUUGGAUUGUACGUAACUCUUGGGGUACAAGCUGGGGAGAGGAUGGUUACAUUAGGAUGGAGAGAAACGUGGCGUCCAAAUCCGGUAAGUGUGGGAUUGCGAUUGAAGCCUCGUAUCCGGUUAAGUACAGCCCAAACCCGGUUCGUGGAACCAGCAGUGUUUGAAGUUAACAAAAAGAAUCUCAUGCAGUAAUCAAAUUGGGAUUGUUAUAAGUUAAAUUAAUCUUGUAUUAUUGUUUGUAUGUAUAGUAUUUCGAAAAAAAUUGAUUCACCAUAGGGAUUUAAUCUGUAUAAAUCUCUAUGUUGGUCAAUAUCAUUUCAUUCAAAGAAUAUUUGCUUUGGCUUGAUUAUGUAUUAAGAGAAAUAUAAUAAAAAUGAUAUAUUUCUCAGCA